UUAUGUGUGCGUGACACACCAGGGGGCGUGCGCUAACGAAACUGUUGAUGAAAAAAAAACAAACUUCUAGCAUCAGAGUAGUACAAAAAUGGGAUUGGUGAAAAUGAGACAAUUCUAGUAUCCUGUUUCUAGUAGGCUUAUAUAUGUAAACAUAGGCACGAUUCAAUCAUACACUCCUCGUGUGUCCCAGUAACGACUGACAUAGAGGUAUCAUCUCGUCUCGUCGUGAUAAAAGACAAAACUGGUCAAGCAUCAUGCAUCCAUCGAUCAGACCGGCGGUUCUUCUUAUCUAUUUGCCGUUGGUCAUGGGUCACUGGUCUUUGAACACACUUGGUGAAGCUACAUUAACGCAGGGUGCCUCCAAACCUGAGCAACAGAUUGUUGCCAGUAACACUAACUUCGCUUUCAAGCUGUACCAGAUUCUAAAGGCCGAUUCCGGUAACCUUUUCUUCAGUCCAUUCAGCAUCACGACUGCUUUAAGCAUGGUUCUUCUCGGCGCUAAAGGUGGCACUAGAUCAGAGAUGGAAAGAGUGAUGGGUUACAGCAAUAUCCCUUCCAUUCAUGAACAUUUCAAACGCCUCCGCACUAGACUUACCAAUCCAGGUAACGAAUACCUCCUCCGUAUUGCCAAUCGGCUCUUUGGAAGAGAAGGAUUUAACUUCAAUCAAAAGUACAUUGAUGACAGUGGACGGUACUAUGAUGCUCCACUAGACCUACGGGACUUUAGACAGACAUCCGCCACAACCAGGUACAUCAACAACUGGGUAGAACAACAGACAAAUAACAAGAUUGUCGACCUCCUGCCAAAUAACUUCAUCGACCCCCAGCUCAUCUUAAUCCUGGUGAACGCUAUAUAUUUUAAGGGAACUUGGGCCAGUAAGUUUUCGGAGUCGAGCACCCUUCCCCAACCAUUCUUUACAUCCAGCUUUAAUCGGGUGAACGUGCCAAUGAUGUUUCAACGCCAGAGCUUCCCCUAUGGAACCAGUAGCUUGCUGAAUUGCCAAAUUCUGGAACUGCCCUACCAUGGUGACGCUAGUAUGGUCAUCUUCCUCCCAGACCAAAUUGAUGACCUUGGUCAUCUGGAAAGAUCACUGACAAGCGCAUCAGUUGUGGAUGAUGCAAUCUCCUCGUUGUGGGACCAGACAGUCAACGUGUACCUGCCUAAAUUUAAGCUGAGCGACAUGCGGUUGGAUUUGAAACCCGUUCUUAUUCAAAUGGGAAUGUCGAAGAUGUUCAGAGUACGCGAGGCUGAUUUGUCAGGAAUUGGCGGAAAUCGUGGAGAUCUAUUCGUCUCCAAGGCGAUCCACGAGGCUUUUGUUGACGUCAACGAGGAAGGAACCGAGGCGGCGGCUGCUACGGCCAUUGGCGUGGCUUUCGAGUCGGUUUCAGUUGUUCCUGACUUCCGAGCUGACCGGCCCUUCGUUUUCUUGAUUCGUGAGAAGACAUCGGGCACCGUACUGUUUAUGGGCAGAGUAAUGAACCCUCUUGCCUAAAAUGGAAAAUGUUUGAGAGGGAAUA